AUCUAUCUUCCCGCUGGGUCUACUUGUUGGACACAUUACACGAGGCAGCCCAUUCUCAUCACGUUUCUUGAGAUCAAAGAAGACUGCUCCGAGUCUCACCAAGGCUAUGUCUUCUACUGAACCUCAUGAAUUCGGUUUGCUCACAAUUCUGGAUGGACUCCCUGAAUGCAGUGUCGCUUCUCUGUCCCCAGGCCGGGCUGCGUAUUGGCCUACUACUUUCCAUCUCCCGCACAUUCCUCGCUCAAGCAUUCACCGAUGAAGAUGAUAUUCCGUCGCCUUCCUAAGGAGUACAGCUCCGAAUCAUCAUCCACUACAGCUACGUCUGAUAAACCAGCUGCCAAACAGUCGCGGAAGGGAUUUGGUCAGAAAGUUAACAACCUCACGAGACGUAUCAAACGCCGCCUUUCGAGACGUUCCGAGUCUUCGAGCCUGGGGGUUAUACAAUCCGCGCAAGAAGGACCCACAUCGAGCACUAUCAACCAGGUUCCAGAGGCAGCGAGCGAUGCUGUUGCGAAGGACGAGCACGACGAGAAUCGAGUGUCCGCAGGAUCCCCUGUGAAGCACAAGAAGCUCGAAAAGGCGAAGAAAGUCCUCAAAGUUACAGCAUCCGCGCUCAUACUGGUCGCAGAGGCAGUUUCUGCUAUUGGUGAUAUAUGCCCGCCGGCCAAGGCAGCUGCAGGUGGUCUGCUACACGUUGAUAGUGUCGUCCGGUUAGAAACUUUAAGAAGAUAAAGAAGAGAAUAAAAAACUAUUUUCCUGGAUUGAAGGGCAUGGCAAGGAGCUAGAGGCUAUAGUUUCCUCUGAAGCUAGCUUGCGUAACGAGCCUGAGGAACAUAUUAUCACAUUCAAUUCCAUUCUUGUCCAGGCAGCAGAUGACGUUUCAUUGGACUUGCAGCGCAAUUGGUUCGUUCGCUGGAUCGAGUUACACAACCGAUCUUUACAGCGCCGUCGCAUCCGUGCCACCGUUUCAGCUGCCGUUAGAGACUUCAAGCAUGUAAUUUGUACAACGGCUCCUAUCAAGAGCUCCCUGACCAACACACCUAUUUCGGAUUACGUAGUUCAAAUUAAAGAGAUUAAUAUGAAGUUAUCAGGCCUCGUUUCGAUGAACCUUGUUUCUCACAGCUUUUUUCUUUUAGAUCCGUUCUGCGAGCUGCCGAAAAAUGACCAUAUUCUCAUGAUCCAAACUCCCCAAACGGCUCCAUAG